AUGCCGUCCGGCCGCGUGCCUCUGCCCCCCCUCUGCUGCGGGGUGUGCGGGUCUAGCUGGGAGACGGACUCGUUCGGCAGGGGCUACAGGGCCUAUCACCUUGCGGUCGCCAACAACGCCUCCCUGGUGUGGUACCUGCAGAAACGGUUCUCCGAGUUUGUGGCUUUGCAUGCGACCUUGUCCGGCAGGGGGGCGCGCGGAGGAGAAGGGGACAGGAUUCCGGAGGACAGGUUGCCCAAGCCUCCGAUGCGCACGUUCGGGAUGCUGAGACUGUUCCCCGAAAAGAUGGAGCGGCUUCGGCGAGAUCAGCUGGAAAGAUACCUGCAGGAGCUCCUGUCGAUUCCCGAGGCGUUGGCCAACCGCGCGGUGCUUUCUUUUUUGGGCCUGGUGUCUUCCUCGAGGCACGACCUCAUGUUCCCGCCGAAUCCCAAUCGUCGCGGAGGACAGAGAGCGGGGAAAUCACCCACGCUCCGCUCGGUUGCACCGCACUCAACCACGUCAGGCAACCACACUGCGCGUGGCAGCACCAGCCGCAGGAUGGCAGACUGUCGAAGGGGUCAGGCGGCUGCCGGCGAAAGCGGAGCUGCUGCUGCGGCUGCGGCGGCGGCGGCGGACAUGGGGUGCCAGUCGCCGCCACCACCGAAAGGCAACAGCGAUGGUGGCCUCGGUAGUGCGCGCCAAGCGACGGAGAACGAGCGAUGCCGUGAACACCCGGCGGUGGGCACGGGGAGAGAGGGAGAGCCACGGGCAGCAGCGGGCAAGGAAGAGGAAGUGGUGCGGAAGGUGGAGAGGGUUAACGCGCUCGAGCAGGAGGCGCACGGCGGGGACGUGGUCUUGUUUCGGUGCCGGGGGAUGCUCAGCCGGCUGCAGCGCUGGGUGCUGAGAACGCAGUGGGAUCACGUGGGAGUGGUAGUUUCCGGAGGGCCGAGUGGGCGAUUGGACCUCCUAGAGUCCACCCACGGGGGCGUUCACCGCUACCCCCUGGUGGAGCGCGUGAGGGCGUACCACGACCAGGGUUUCGCCAGCAGGGUGGCGUUUCGGAGGCUCCGGUGUCCCCGCCCCGCAGAGUCGAGGGCGCGGCUCGAAGAGUUUUCGCGGCAGGUGGAAGGAAAGACCUACGGCAUCGUCCUCCCUUUCACCCCGAGCGGACCUAAGGGAGACCGUUCGCGGACGAAGCGCACGCCUCCUCCGCCUAGCUCGCCGGCAUUUCAGCCAACCAUGCCUAGUGAGAGCACUGACUGCGGCGGCGGCGAACACGGCGAUGUAGCCCGAGGCGGCCGGGCGGGGUUAGAAAGCAGGCGGGGGCAGGGUCCUGCCUUCGCCGUUGCCAAGGAGGAGGAGGAGGAGGAGGAGGAGGAGGAGGAGGAGGAGGUGGUCAUGUGUGCAAACGCGGCGGGCAGCGGAGAGGGGCAGAGAGGGAGUGCUACCGCCGACGCCAUCGGGGAAACAACCACGUUGCCGAGUUUCUCUUCGGGCAAGAGCGAGAAGACGCCGCUCAGCGCUUCCUACCUUUGCUCACAGCUGGUGGGGGCAGCCCUCUCAGAAAUGGGGGUUUUGAGAGGAGGAGGAAAGGAUCUGGGAUGGCUGUGGGUGGUCCCCGGUGCGUUCGGGCAGGGAGGUGCCGUGGACUCGCGGUUGGCGGCUGGUGUCGCUCUAGGGGAAGAGAUACUAGUGGAUGCUCACGAGCCGGAGGUGGCCGGCGCAGUACUCUUGGGCGACGCGUUGAACUGAGGAGAGGCAGCAACGUCAGACCAUCUACCUGAAGCCCCUCCUCAUCUACAACUGGCGCUAUGCUUCCUUCCACCUAAAGGACAGGCGAUGAUUCGCUUGAAGUAGGGCGAGAAAAGGAAGCAACUUAGGCUUGGUGACGACAAGGUUGUGGUGUAGAAGGUAAAAGGGUGCUGUUGCGGGAUGGUAUUUUUGAAGCGGCCUUCAGAACGUCUCUGUGGGGGAGAAGACGGCGACCAAUUGUUUCAUCCAUGCGUCUGCGCGCACGUCGCCUCAGACCAAUCAAAGGGCCGAGGGUAAAUCUGAGAGGGUUUAUAC